AUGUCUUUUUAUGUUUUGCUCUUAGCAGUUGCUCUUGCUGCUCCCUUAUCAGACUUAGUAAUAGGCCAGCCAGGGUUGCCAACACCUGCAACUUUUGAUACCUAUUCUGGGUAUCUUGAUAUUCCAAACAGUGGUGGAAAAUCUUUGCAUUACAUUUUAGUCGAAAGCCAAAAUAACCCAGCGACUGAUCCUUUGCUACUAUGGCUUAAUGGAGGUCCUGGCUGUUCUUCAUUAGAUGGCUUCAUUUAUGAGCAUGGACCUUAUGUAUUUCCUGAUGAAGGAACAGUUCUUUUUAAGAACCAAUAUUCAUGGAACACAAAUGCAAGUGUCCUUUACCUUGAAGCUCCUGCAGGUGUAGGCUUUUCAGUAAUGGGCGAUCUCCAAAAUAAUUUAACAGAUGACGAAACAACAGCUCAUGACAAUCUUCAAGCACUUUUACAAUUUUUCAGAAAAUUCCCUGAGUACAGAUACCACGAUUUUUUCAUCUCAGGAGAAAGCUAUGCCGGUAUAUAUGUUCCAACGUUGGCUUACAACAUUUUGAUGUAUAAUUCUUAUAGUCCUCAUAACAGCAUCAACCUGAAAGGAAUCGCUGUUGGAAAUGGCUGCACAGACUGAACUGUUGACUGUAACCCUGCCUUUAUCAAAUUGGCUUGGAGUCAUGCACUAUUUGGCUAUGAUUGGUAUGAAAAAAUAGUUAAUGAUUGUGACAAUUUCAAUGAGUGGACGAGUGAAGCCUGCAAUAACGAUAUUAAUUACAUUUCAAACGUGUUAUUAGCCAAUAUCAAUGUAUAUGAUAUCUAUGGGACUUGCAUUUAUCAUAAUGACACCCAAGCUUAUAAAGACAACCAAAUCAGAUUAAAAUACUUGCUUGAUCAAAAUCCAAUGCUAGGGGAAAUUCCUCCUUGCUGUGCAUGGGAUGGCGCUUAUCAGUAUUUCAGAACUCCUGCUUUUAAGAAAGCUUUUAAUAUUCCGAGCAGUGUCCAGGAUUGGGAAUUUUGUGUAAAUUUGGAUUACAUUUCAGAUUAUUUGCAUGGAUCUUACUAUGUGUAUCCAUAUCUAAUUAGAGCAGGAUUGAGAAUUAUGGUUUAUUCUGGUGAUGUUGAUGGCUCAGUUCCUUUUAUAGGAACUAGGGACUGGAUAAACAGCCUAAAUCUAGGAGUAAAACAAAGUUAUUCAUCAUGGUAUGUCGAUGAACAAGUAGCUGGCUACUACAUUGAAUAUCAAGGCUUAACUUGGGUAACUGUAAAAGGAGCUGGUCAUAUGGUUCCACAAUGGAAAAGACCUCAAGCUCACUAUAUGAUCAAUUCAUUUUUAACAGGAAAUUCUUUAUAA